GGCGCUGCUCCUUCUUGAGUCAGGGCACAGCCAGCUGGGAGUGCAACACCUGUGCUGGAGAGGGCACCGGUAAGAGGCAAACAGCCGCGUGCUGCUGGGCUGGGGCCAGGCGAGGCCUUGCUCCACUCCCUUUGGCCCACGAGGGAUGGGAGCCUCGGAGUCCCAUCCCGCUCACCUUCCCGUCUCCCCUUGCAGCCUCCGGCAGCAGUGUGGACAGAGCUGGCCCCAGCACCGCCAGCCAGCAGGGACUGCCGCCUCUCAUAGGCCCCAUAACAUUGGAGAGCAGCAGCACCUCCAGCACCACCAGCCAGGCACCGUCGGGGCCAGCUCACGUUCCCAAGGUGCCUGAGAGCGGCGUCCCGCGCAACCAGCACAGGAUAAAAUGGCGGAGAAUCUGCACACGUUUACAUCGCAUUGACGAUGAAUGGAAUGAGCCCCAAGAAUGCUGCGGGAGCAGCCGUGCUGCAGCCCUGCUGAGCGUUGAGAGCAGCACCCCAAACUCUGCCAGCCAGCAGGCUUUGCGGUCCACGAGGCACUCCCCCGCAGCUGGCUCCAGCCACCGGCGCAGACAGGGACAGCAGGAUCACACAAGAAGCCGCUCUCCGCUGCAGCGCCAGGCCGCAGGUUCCCCGAGCCAGCCCCAAAGGCACCGUGGGAGCAGGCAGGCACCAGCCCUUAGUGAUGACAGCGGCACCCACAGACACAGAGGACAAGGAACACCGAGGUCCUCGAGAGUUUCCGCAGCAGCUGCUGGAAGCCGGCCCAGGCAGCCAGGGCGGGCCCGGACUCGAAGCCGCUCGCCUCGUCAACAUCGGGAUGCGGAGACCCGCAGCCAGCCCCGAAGACGCCGCAGGAGCCGGUCCAGGCGGCGACGGCCAGCCCAGGGGCGAAGCCGCUCCCGGGAACCACGUCGGGCCCGGAAUACCAACCGCCGGCCCCACUGAUGCUGUAGGAGCAGCCGUGUGCAAGCUCCACUUGCUAUCCAAAGUCAUCAGAGUCCAUCGCAAUAAAACACAGUUCCAUCAUGCCACUGUCGCUUUCAUUCUUCUCUGCCUUUCCCGAGGUGGGCAGCUUUAGGGGCUGGAACCACGGGGAUCCCUUCCCCCCAGCACCCAACCCAUUCCUUCCUCCCCGCAGCCCGGUUCACGCUGAGCUGGGUUCUGGCCCCGCCUCCCGUGGCAGCUGUUGUUACUGGCAGGGGGUGUUUCUGACAUCUUGGGGACGUCGCUGUGUUUGGGACAUGCAGGCAGCCCCACGGCUGCUGCCAGCUGUGGGGUGGGCCAGGACCCGGGCUUUCCUCCUGCAUUCGGGCAGUGCCUCAGGUCUGCUGCCACUGCUCCUCAACGUGACGUCCAUUGUAUAUUUACUUGGUCCAGCUGUCUCGAGAAAUAGCCCGCUGGUCUCUUCCUGGAUCCAGUGUGUUCUACCAGCUGUCUCGGAGCAAAGUGACCUCUUCCAUGCCCAUCCAAUUCAAAAGGCUUUUCCAGACUGGGCCGUCCUCGAGCAGGGGUAGACAUCAGAGCUGCUCUCAGUUGAAUAAAGGCUGUUUGGCAUUCUGGGUUCCAGUGCAAAAUUUCUCCUUCUCCGUUCACAGCUUCAUAUUCCACCGUCCUCCAUCAGUCCGCAGUUUGGUACCCAUCAUCGACAGCAUCCUGCCAUCCCUAAGGAAGCUCGCCUUUCCCAUUUUGACUUUGGCUCCGGUAUUUGACAUACGGCCUCCUUGCGCUCACCCCGCGGGCUUUGGUAUCCCCGGGGGGGGGGUAAAACCAACACGAAUCACAGACUGACAAGCUGUUGGUGCUUUCUUCUUGGAUACUCCGCCUCCCGCCGAGCUCGGAAAACUGGGGAGACUUGUUGUCACUCGUGUUCUUUCCUCCCUUGCCUCAGCACCUAGAAGGAGUUCAUCUGCACCUUGGGCAGUGUAGCUUCCAGCUGUUUGUGCCGCCAUCCCUCCGGUUCCUUAGCAAGCUGAUUCCAGGAUAGCUGGAAUGGCUGGCUGGGUGGGCCGAGCGCAACUGGCUGAGGCCCCAGAAGCCCAAGUGCUGGCUGCUGCUCUUUGGUCACAGCAACCCCAGGCAACACCGCAGUGCUGCAGCACCGUGCCCAGGUGCCCAAGAAGGCCCAGGGCAUCCCGGCUUGUAGCAAAACGCUGCAGCCAGCAGGAGCAGGCAGCUGAUCGUGCCCCCGUAGCCGGCACUGGUGAGGCCGCACCUCAGGUGCUGCGUUCUGUACUGGGCCCCCCCCCUCACUACAAGACAGACGUGGAGGCCCUGCAGUGUGUCCGUGGAAGGGCAACGGGGCAGGAAAGAGUCUGGAACAAAAGUCCCAUGAGGAGCAGCUGAGGGAAGUGGGAUUGUUCAGUGCAGACGAGGCUCGGGGGAGGCCUGAGCACUGCGCAUCACUCCCUGUAAGGAGGUUGUAGGGAGGUGGGGGACGGCCUCUUCUCCCAGCUCACAGCGAUGGGACGAGAGGGAACGGCCUCAAGUUGCCCCAGGGGAGGUCCCCGUUGGAUAUGAGGAAGAACACCUCUGCUGAAAGAGCGGUCGGGCACUGGCACUGCUGCGACACCAAGCUGGGAGGGAAUGUUGAUCUGCCAGAGGGGAGAAGGGCACUACAGAGGGACCUGGAUAGACUGGAUCGAUGGGCCAAGGUCAACGGUAUGAGUUCCAGUAGGGCCAAGUGUCGGGUCCUGCAUUUUGGUCACAACAACCCCAGCAGCCUUACAGGCUUGGAGAGGAGUGGCUGGAAAGCUGCCUGAUGGAAAGGGACCUUGGUGUACUGUUGGACAGUCGGCUGAAUAUGAGCCAGCAGUGUGCCCAGGUGGCCAAGAAGGCCAAUGGCGUCCUGGCUGGUGUCAGGAAUGGUGUGGUGAGCAGGACGAGGGAAGUCAUCCUGCCCUGUACUCGGCAUUGGUGAGGCCUCACCUCGAGUACUGUGUUCAGUUUUGGGCACCUCAGUACAAGAAGGACAUGGAGGUACCGGAGCAGGUCCAGAGAAGGGCAACGAGGCUGGUGAAGGGCUUGGAAAAUCAGCCCUGUGAGGAGAGGCUGAGGGGGCUGCGGCUGCUUAGUCUGGGGAAGAGGAGGCUGAGGGGAGACCUUAUUACUCUCUUCCAGUACCUGAAAGGUGCUUACAGUGAGGGCGGGGUAGGUCUCUUCUCACUGGUGACAGGUGACAGGACGAGGGGAAAUGGCCUCAAGUUGCGCCAAGGCAAGUUUAGGUUGGACGUUAGGAAACACUUCUUUACAGAAAGGGUUGUUAAACACUGGAAUGGGCUCCCCAGGGAGGUGGUUGAGUCACCGUCCCUGCAUGUGUUUAAGAGCCGUUUGGAUGUGGUGCUCAGAGAUAUGGUUUAGCGGAGGGCUGUUAGAGUUGGGGUACUGUGGUUAGGAUGCGGUUGGACUUGAUGAUCUUUGAGGUCCUUUCCAACCUGAGUAAUUCGAUGAUUCUAUGGUUCUGGGGGAGUCAGCGUCCAUGGAGGUGUUCCAGAACCGUGGGGAUGUGGCACUGAGGGACGCGGGCAGUGGGCAGCUGGGGGUUGGACGGUGGCACUUGGUGAUCUUAGAGGUCUUUGCCAACCAGAGAGAUUCUGUGUCAUUCUGUGAAUGGAGCCAUUUAUUGCAACGAGAGGUAAUCAGCAGCAAACAAGCACAAAGUAAAGCCUCGAGAACAUCACGGGAACACGGAAACACUUGACUGGGAUACUGAUGGAGCCACAGGCCCGGCAGCAUUCAGGUGGGGCCAGGAGGCUGGAGGUGUGGCCCAGUGCCUUCAGCAGCACCAACACGCCGGGUUCCUGCGGGGCUGCGUCCGGCACCGGGCCCCUCACUCUGCGCUGGCUGCAGGAGCCGCCGCCCUCCUGCUGGGGUGCCCUCACCCCUGUGACGUGUGAUGGCGUCACAGAGGGUGUCAGAGAGUGGCCAUUGUGACGCAUGGGGUGUGGAGCAGAGCUCAGGCUGCGAGGCUCAGGCGGAGCUCAGUGCGACUUGGUGAGGUUGGCACGUGGAGGAGAAAGCCCAGCACUGUUGGGACAGACACUCUGCGAGUGCUCGCCGUUCGUGCACACGAUGUCCAAGGGGACAAAGAAGCCUGCCGGAUCAUGGAAGCCGGGCGAAACAUGCGUGCUGUGCGCCCAGGGAGAUGCUGACCCAGACAUCUACGGGCGCAAACUAAUCAUCAGUGGGAUCUAUUUCCACGAGUUCUGUGCGGUAUUUUCUGGCGGCCUUCUUCAAGAGGCAGCAACACAGAUGGAAAGUGCAUAUUUAGGCCUGGUUGAGAUCAUAUGCAUAAUCCAGCAGGCAGAGGAGACGCUCUGCUUCGUCUGUGGCAAGAGGGGGGCCACCAUCACCUGCGCAGAGUCGGGCUGCAACCGCAGCUUCCAUCUCCCCUGCGCCUCCAAGGGUGACUGCAUCACCCAAUACUUUGGAGAGUUCAGGUCGUUCUGCUGCGACCAUCAUCCGCAUCAGGCAGUGGAGACGGCGCCGACGCAGGACACGACCUGCAUCAUCUGUGUGGAGCCCGUGGGUGACAGCACCAUGGUGUGCCCAGCCUGCCAACACGCCUGGUUCCACCGGGCCUGCAUCCAGAGACUGGCCCUGCGUCUGGGCAUCACUUUGCAUUGUCCCCACUGCAAAGAUGAGGAAGAAUUUUUUGACUACGUGACCGCCAUGGGGAUCCGUAUCCCACGCAGGUUGGUAUCCCACUCCUGGUUCUUCAGGCGACCAAUCUGGGACGACAAUUCAGAUGUAGAGAACGGAGGCAAGCACAAGCGCUGCAAUGCCAGCGAGUGCCGUCACCCACAUGGCAGGGAGCGGGCAGAGGAAGAGGGCCUCCGGCAGCAGUGUGGACAGAGCUGGCCCCAGCACCGCCAGCCAGCAGGGACUGCCGCCUCUCAUAGGCCCCAUAACAUUGGAGAGCAGCAGCACCUCCAGCACCACCAGCCAGGCACCGUCGGGGCCAGCUCACGUUCCCAAGGUGCCUGA